CAGCGGGGCCUCGGGGGCCUUCCGGGCGGCGGGGCGAGGGGACCGGGGGCCCGCCAAGGUCACGACCCCUGACCCAGCCGAGGCCUGAGUGACUCCGAGCCAGAGCCCCGCCGCCGGAGGAAGACGAAGCCCUGCCGUCGGGCCUGACCCGGAAGCGACUCCAGGGGUCGAGGGGCGUAGCGGAGCACGAGGCCCCAACGGCCACAGGGUGGCCAGGUGUGUCUUCUAGAACCCCGACAACCACAGCCACCCAUGGGAAACAGUCACGACAGCUGCGAUGCAGAAAUACCCAAACCCUAUGAACCCAAGUGUGGUUGGCGUCGAUGUGCUGGACAGACAUAUUGAUCCCUCUGGGAAGCUGCACAGCCACAGACUCCUCAGCACAGAGUGGGGACUGCCUUCCAUUGUGAAGUCUCUCAUCGGCGCAGCAAGAACCAAGACUUAUGUGCAGGAGCAUUCAGUGGUUGACCCCGCAAGGAAGACAAUGGAGCUCAAAUCCACGAAUAUCUCAUUUACAAAUAUGGUUUCAGUAGACGAGAGACUUACGUACAAACCACACCCUCAGGACCCAGAAAAAACUGUUCUGACUCAGGAAGCCAUCAUCACUGUAAAAGGGGUCAGUCUCAGCAGCUACCUCGAAGGACUCAUGGCCACCACCAUAUCUUCAAAUGCUAACAAAGGCCGAGAAGCAAUGGAAUGGGUGAUCCAUAAACUAAAUGCUGAGAUUGAAGAAUUGACGGCGUCAGCCAGAGGAAGCAUCAGGACACCAAUGGCGGCGGCAGCAUUAGUGGAGAAGUGACGAUGGCUGGUCCACGGCAGCAGGUCCCGGGGCUCUCCAGACUGGCAGUGUAUUUAUUUGUUAUUUAAAAAUACAGCUAUUUUAGGUAUUUUUUUUAAUAAGCUGGAGUAAUGGUAUGAGACUGUUGAUGAAAGGUAGAGGGCUGUUAAGUCAGGGUCACCCAAGGUUAGGUGGCUAACGCGACUGAGUCUGUCUCUGUGAACAGUUAAUGGGUUUUUUAAAUACUUGGAAGAAAUUGAUACUGAGAUUCCUUAAGGUAGAAUCUUUAAGCUUUUCUGACAUUUUGGAACUCUACCUGGCUGAGGACCAACCCCAGAACAAAGAGCCGCCCUUAUGUCCACAAAGUUGCUUUGCUGCCGUAAGCCAGACCAGCAUGUGUGCGGGGAGCUCACUCUAAAGGAGAAACUGUAAUUUCAAGUAACAUUAGUUUGUGUAACUUGCUCUGCUGAAAACCAGUGUUUUGAUUUGGUACUUCGAUGUUAUUUUUGGAGUGAGGAUUAGCACUAAGAUAAUAUAUGUCUCCAACAAAAAUGUUAUUUUAUUGUAUUAAAGAGUACUGUAUUGAUUUGCCAAAGUUUUUGUAACUUAGUAAAGGCAUUUCCUUCCUUGGG